GGUGACAUUGGCUUUAGUGGCCCUAAAGGCUCUCGAGGAACUCCAGGAACUGGAAUUAAAGGUGCCAAGGGUGAUAUUGGCCACCAUGGACCAUCUGGUCCUAAAGGCAAUGCAGGAAUUGGGUUACAAGGUGUAAAGGGGGACCAAGGCUUUAAAGGACCCCCAGGGCCAAGAGGUCCAAGAGGAGAAGGUUUAAUUGGAGAAAAGGGGGAUCGAGGGUUUCCUGGAGAGAUGGGUCAAAGAGGAAUAGGACAAAGUGGACCUCCAGGUCCCAAGGGGGAUCCCGGAGUGCCAGGAACUGCAGGAACCUCUGGAAUUCCUGGAGAUUUUGGAUCAAACGGAGAUAAGGGUGAGCAGGGAAACCCAGGACUACCUGGCCCACCAGGGGUUGGUAUUAAAGGAGAUCCAGGUCAACAGGUAAAGUCCUGAUCUUUUGGCACCA